AUGGGUGAUCGCAAUAAUCCCAUCAAGUUUGGCCCUGAAUGGCUGCGUAAUUUGGCACGUGAAGGUAAUGCUGGUGGUUCAGUGAACAACGGUCCAAACCCUACAAACUCUGGAAAUUUACCUAGUUCUGGCUCUGGAUCCACCCAAGGGUCCACAACUCCUACUGGGACUAUUAGUCUUCCAGGGCCUUCUGGAGUCACAAGUGCUAUGGGCAGUUCAGGAAACAAUGCAGUACAAGGAGCUGCUGGUGGCUCCACGUCAUCUAAUAUUAAUGCAGCAGCAGGAGCGAAUUCUAGAAAUUCCACAAACAGCAAUGCGCCAAAAGUUCUGCUGGCAAAGUUACGGUAUGGAAGAGAAGAGAUGUUGGCUUUAUAUGACAGAUCAGCGGAAGCACCCGAGGAGUUAAAAUACUUAGAUUUGCUGUAUCAAUCAAGAGGGAAACCUCCUGUAGCUUUGAACAAUACAUUUGAGGAAGAAAUGCGGGACAAUAUCCGUGGAGGUCCACCUAUUGGAGCUAUGGCACCACCAGAAAGAUUUGGUAUAGGUCGUGGCAUGGGUCGUGGCUCUACCAGUGAGAAUCGUGGACGUACUCGCAUGCCAUUUGUUCGCCAAACAUCAUCAGGGAGGGGCAAUUCGUGGCAUGGGAACACAAGAUUACCAGGGUAUAACAAUGCCACAGAGGAAGACACAAAUCCACUUCGACCUUGGGGUGCUAGUAAUGGAAAUAAUUCGUCACUGAGAGCCAACACUGAGCAACCAGAAUGGACUUCAAAUAAAGUAUUUCGGAGACGGCAAGCUAAUAACACUAAUUGGAGGCAGCCACAUACACGUGAUGAAGGUGAUGAAUGGCGAUCAUCAGAUGCAGCUCGAAGUCAUCGAGAAUGGGGAGAGAGACCAAUACAAGAUAGGCCACAGUCGUGGAAUUCAAAUCGUCGUACAUGGGUUGGAGGGGAGGGUAAUAAUGACGACAACCUACCAGAAUGGGCUGUGGAUAAUGCGGAGGCCGGCGCAGGUACAUUUGAUUCUACAGGGGCAUUUCACGGCUAUAGUAAUGACGACAGUAAUUUACCUAAGACUCAGGACUCAUCAUUUCCUCUAGCGCGUUCUCAUACACAUGGCAGUUUCGCGCGUUCAAAACCUGUUGAGGAAGGUUCGGAAGAGUGGUGGGCCUCAGAAAAAGCUAAAAAGUUGUCCCCAAAAAGGUUUGAGGCUAGCGAUACCAAAUUUAAAAAGUCACAAAAUGCUGGAACAAGUAAAGCGAGUACUAGCAAAACAAGCACUCAAAACUCUAAAGGGAAUGUAGAUAAAGAUGAGGCAUCCCAUGAUUCACCAGAGAAUUCAGAAAAAACCGCAACUGCUCCUGAACCCUCUGAAAAUAAAAACACCAGUAAUGACAAAAAACUAGCUUUAAAAUCUAAAUUUUCGGAGAGUAAAACUUUUGAUUCCCUAAUGCGGUCAGAUAUUGAUAUGGAGGAGGUCCGUGAAGAGAGAGGAAACUUUCAGUCUGUAAUGAUCACAGCAAAUAAUAGCCUGCGACAGAAACAUCAGAAUAUUGUUGCUUCAGUCUCUGAAAAUUCAUCGAGACAGGGCCGCAUUCCUGUUUUGCAAAUGUUACAUGCAAUGCAACCAAAUGAUGAUGAUUGCCAACAAAUACCUGCAAAACUCGUGGAGGAUAUCUUUGAUAUGAACCUAGAAGAUGCUAAGAUAUCAACUUCUUGUGUCACAUCAAUCAAUUCAAAUGAUUCUAGUAGUCAAGCAGAUCAUAGACUAUCCAGUGUUGGCAUGCCUAUUAGUAUUCCCAGUGCUGGUAUGACAAAUCAUGGUUUGACAAUGAGUUCUGCAUCUACAAUGUCAACAUCUGUUCUUCAAGGUGCCGCAUUACCAACACCUGGUAUGCAAACAGGUGGCUUGCAUGCACCUGGAAUGCAGACAGUGGGAUUGCAAACAGGAGUGAUACAGUCAGGUGUAAUGCAAUCGGGCAGUAUGCAACCAGGUGGAAUGCAACAAGGCGGAAUGCAGCCAGGCGGACUGCAAUCAGGUGGAAUGCAACCAAGUGGCAUUCAAGGGGGAAUACUACAACCAGGUGCAAUGCAACCGGGGGGGAUCCAAGCUUUGCAAGCAGCGGGCUUACAAACUUCUAUGCCGACUCCAGGCUUACAGAAUGUUGGAAUACCAAACUCUGCUCUUAAUUCUUCUCUAGGGCUUUCACUUGUUUCUGCAAAUAAUGGUUUGAUGUUACCAAUGCAAAGAGUUCAGCAAUCGGCUAUGCCUAGUACACAACUCUCAAAUUCUGGAUUAGGAGCAGCAGGCUUGCAGGCACGUGGGACUGUGUUACCUGGGUUUCAACCAAGCAGUGGAUUAUCUGUGAUAGCUGGCGCUAAUGUAGCAAAUACAUCGCUGUUUCUAGGUCAGAAUAACAAUCCAAUGCAAUCGACCACCGACCUACAGAUGCAAGGUCAUGGAGCCCAAACAAAUUUAUUUCCAAUGCACGGAUUGCAGCAUUCUAACUCACAUCGAGGGACAUUUGGAUCAAUAUAUAGUAACAUUAUACCGCCUCCUCCAACUCAACCUGCUCAAACCUCUCAAAAUCUUGCUGACCAGUGGUAUUAUGAAGACCCAAAGAAAAUCAUUCAAGGACCUUUUUCUUCAAAGGAGAUGUACAACUGGUACAGAGCAGGCUUCUUUAGCCCAAGUCUAAUGGUACGCAGAGCGUGCGAUACGCAUAUGCGCCCACUUGGUUCCUACGGCCCUAUGGUACCCUUUGCUCAAAUCGACAUGCUAUCACCAUUCCCGAUGUCCAGCGGUUUCGAAACCCGCUUUCAGGGGCCGCAUGAUUUACUAAAUCAACAACAAAGACUCGGAUUGGAUGAUUCAUUGUGGAGUCAUCCUACUCCAUCCCCGGAUCUAAUAUGGAUGCAACAAGCUAUGAACGCACGUAACGAGUCACGUGUCAACAACCUCCCAAUGUUUUUCUGGGAUCCCCAGCCUUCCACCAUAUCUUCUAACUCUCUAUUGCCCGAGGAGAUAGCCAAGGAAAUGAAAACCGAAGAUGAAAUACUAGCGCAGCUUAGAGCGUCACAAAAUAUUAGCACGUCGCAGACGUUGCCGUUCAUUAACGAGACUGUUUCAACAUCGAUUAGUAAUAAACCAGACGAAGUCUACUCUCGAAGCAUUAGCGCCACUCCUAAUUUAGAGGAGCUGCAAAAAUAUAUUCAAUCUGAAGCGUUAGCAUCGCCAUCUGCUGCAACGGCCAGUGAACCAGCGGUGGAAAAUCAAGAAACAGAGGUCAAAUCGGAAAUAACUCUAAAAGUUGAGCAAAAAGCUCCUGAAACUGUUAUCCCUAAACAGCAGCAACAAAGCCAAAGUAAAACUUCGACCGAAUCAAAACCAGCAAAAUCAACCAAAUCAGAAAGUGAAAAAACGGUUAAAAGUAAGGAAAACAAUAUCUCAAAGAGUAAGAAUAAGAAAUCAAAGGAAGAAAAAAAGGAAGACAUAGUUGAAGUUAAGAAUAAAGAAGAUGAUAAUGUGAAAACGGAGCCAAAACGGUCAGUGGAGUCUUCACCGUCGAAGACUAAACGAGAAGAUAAACAGAACAGAAAGGAGCUAGAGAGAGAAAGAAAGGAAUGGUUAAAAGAGGGUUUUACCAUCGUAAAAGGGUCUGAGAAGAGUGUUACUAAGGAUACCAAGAAAAAAGUAGAAGAACCAAAAAUUUCUGAUGAAACUGACCGUAAGAGGAAAGAAGAGGAGAAAACCGCUGCUGAUGAAAAAAAGGAGAAAAAAGCUUCAGAGAACCAGAAAAAGCAGCAGCAGGAACAAUUGCAGCGACAGUCGGAGUCCGUGGCUAAGAAGGCACCGUGGUCUGUCGUCGCAACUCAGCAGGCGCAAGCGACUAAUAAAGACGGGCUUACCCUGGCUGAGAUACAGCGGCUCGAGAGAGAAAAGAAGUUAGAGCAGAUAAAAGUUCAGCAGCAAAUGAUGCAGAUUAUAGCGCAACAGCAGGCCGCGGCCUUGGCAAGGGAACAGGAAAUGCAAGCUGGACUCGGUUGGGCUAAAAAGAAGGGGACCAGUGCCAACAUAUCGGGACAAAGCUUGGCUGAAAUCCAGGCGGAGACUCGGAGACAAGCGUCAGUGGCCGCCUCGGCCGCAGCCGCCACGGCUGCUCAGGCUUUCGAGGAAGCCCAGGCUGCACCACCGCAAGCUGUCAAUCACGCUCCUUGGGGUAGUUCAGCUAACGGAGGAGGUUUCUGGGACACUCAGCCAAAUGCAACUGCCAAAGCUGUUGAAAAGUCGCAAGAGCCACAAAAGGUAGUUGAGCCGAGCAAAAACAACAAGAAGAAGGCUGCGCCUGCUGCUGCUCCUAAAAAAGAGACCACACCUGCAACCGAAUUCGAGUUGUGGUGCACAACUGUGCUCGCUUCAUGGAGGUCAAAAAUCGAUGUGCCAACAUUCGUCGGCUUCCUCAAAGACAUCGAGUCACCAUAUGAGGUGAAAGAUUACGUAAAGUGCUACUUGGGAGAGUCUAAGGAUUCAAACGAUUUUGCUCGGCAAUUCUUGGAGAAAAGGUCUAAACUUCUCCGUGUCGGUAUGGUGACCCCAUCAGAUGAUCUUUGCUCUCCGGCCAUGGCGAUUAAUCCUCGGAACCCUUCUUGUUCAGACUACCAGGAGGUGAAGGGCAAGGGCAAAAAAACAAAAAAGAAUAAGAUGCUUAAAGUCGACGCUCGUAUCCUCGGAUUCUCAGUGACGGCGGCCGAAGAUCGCAUCAACGUCGGUGAUAUUGACACCGUCUGA